AUGGAGGAGUCCAUCUUGUCACUGGAUUGUCUUAGCCUGACCGAGAGAGCCAGCACUUAUGAGGCUGAAGAGGAGGAUGAGUGGGAUACAGACACUGAAGCUGAAGAGCAAAAGAGCAUUGCGAAAGACAUGUCCACGGCUGAGGUGUACCUGCAGGCGUGUAAACUGGUGGGUGUCAUUCCCGUCAGCUACUUUCUGAGAAACCUCGGCUGUGCCACCAUCAACCUGAACCAACACGGCCUCGGUCCUUUAGGGGGAAAGGCUCUGGCCAUUGCUCUUGUGACCGACACACACACUGCAACACUAGAACUGGCUGACAAUUUCCUGCUGGCUGAGGGAGCAAGAUAUCUUGUGCAGAUGCUGAAGGCCAAUUACACUAUUCAAAAUUUGAAUCUCUCUGACAAUCACCUUCAAUCCGCGGGAGCUGAACAUAUCACAAAGAUGCUGCUGGAUAACGUGUCCAUCAAAUCAAUCCGACUUUCUGGAAAUGAAUUCUCAGAGGAUGAUGCCAAAUGGUUUGCAGAAGCCUUUACAACCAACUACAGAGUAAAAGAGUUAGACCUGAGUCACAAUAAGUUCUGCGGAAGAGCGGGUGAAUACCUCGGCCAAAUGCUAGCUAAUAACGAGGGCGUGGAGAUCCUUAAUCUGAGUUGGAAUUACCUACGAAUGAAGGGUGCUGUGGCUUUCUGCGCUGGACUUAAAGUCAACGUGACUCUGAAACACUUAGACAUCUCCUGGAAUGGCUUUGGCAAUGAAGGAGCUCUAGCUUUGGGUGAAGCUCUGAAAUUCAACAACACUUUAGUGUACCUGGACCUCAGUAACAACCGCAUCAGUGAUGAAGGAGUAGGAAUGCUCUGCAGAGGCCUUGAGGCCAAUGACACACUCAGAACACUGAAGCUGGCUUAUAAUGCUCUGACAGUUGAAGGUGCUUUGGCCUUGAUCAGCGUCAUAAAGAACUCUCUGAAAACAGCCCUUGAGGAGAUCAACAUAUGUAAUGUGCUGGUGAAUGAAAUCUUUAUACAGCUGCUGGAGUUGACAUGUCAAGAACACCCUGCUUUAGAGGUGUACUAUGGUGGUGUUGGAGGAUUUAUUACCAAAAAGCCUCCAAAGAGGCGUGACCCUAUGAAGGUCAUUCAGGAUUAUCUUGAUCAGCGCAAACUUCGGCUGUGGGAUUUCUUCCGCCACAUUGAUAAAGAUGGGACGAUGCACGUUCCUGUCUCAGAAUUCAGAAAGGCUGUGCAGCAAUCUAGCAUCCCGCUGGAUCGCUUUCAGCUCGAGCAGCUCAUCCAAAGACUAGACCGGGAAGGAACAGGCAUAGUAGACUAUAGAGGCUUGGCUGACACAAGAAAGCAGAUGAUGCGGGACCACCGGCGACAGCUGCGUAAAGUAGAGUCCCGUCAGAAGAAGGAGAAGCAGAAGAGCGAGCGCAUCCUCAAGACAUUUCAGUCGGCUGUUGAGGCCGUAACUCCACGUACCUCCAUAGUCAUGUCACCAGGAGAAAUUAAAGAAGACUCCAGCGGCCCUCAGCGCUUCUCAGCCACCCCCCUUAGUUCCUGGCACCACAUUGUCAUUUCCAACAGCAGCCGUUAUUCCAUCACCAACAUGAGCAGCGAUGUCCGACUUCCUAUGAUAGGGAAUGUUGCAUCCCACAGGCCCCUGAGUUCCCCAGCCAUGCGCUCUUUCUCCCAGCCUAACCUAAUGGACAAUCGCAGCUCUCUGCCUUCUCUAACCAAACCUGCAUCAGCCCAGGGCAUGAACUCUAUCAGCAAUCCAAGUGAAACAACCAGCAAACUUAGUCCCACUGACAACAACCUGACCAGAUCAAGACCUGCAUUAAACACUGCACAACCCAAUGUAAAAGUUUCCAGUGGGAAGAAAAAGAAAAGUAAAAAAAAAAGAUGAGAAGACAUUCAAAGGACAGAAUGUAAUAUGACUAUUACGUGCAAAGGACAAAGUACUGUGAAUAGACCAAUACAGAGUGAUUUUAAUGAAUCUAGCGUGUAGAGCUGUAUUUCAUAAUCCAGAUAUGUAAUAAUGAUUGACACAAAAUGUGCAAUGUUAUAUGAAUAUAAUUAUAACAAUUACCAUUAUACUGUACAAGUAUAAAUUAUGACAUUAAAUAAACUUCACUUAGUAUGCGAAUUUAUUUUUAUGACACAGUAGCAGACUUGGGGCAGAGUGGUGGUGCUGUGGGUAGUGCUGCCACCUCACAGCUCCAGGGUCCCAAGUUUGGUCCUGAGUAUUACUGUCUGUGUGGAGCUUGGCAUGUUCUCCACAUGGGUUUCUUCCCCAUGCUUUUGGUUCAGUUCCACCUACCAAAAGUAUGCUACUAGGUGGAUUAGACUAAAUUGCAGGUAGGUCUGAAUAACCCCAUCCAGCGUGCAUUCCCGCCUCACACCUGAUGUUCUUGGGAUAGGAUCCACC